AAACUACAACUCGUGAUAGCUGACCUGGAAGCGGAAGUUGGACGCGCUACUUUCGGUGCUGAAUUUCCAGGUUUUGUUUCUCCUACUCGGUGUAGUUUCAGUUUAUUUUACGUGUUUGUCCCGCUUUAUUUUGUGGCCGGCAUGUCUCGGGGAUCCAGUGCGGGUUUCGACCGGCACAUCACCAUCUUCUCCCCGGAGGGAAGACUUUACCAAGUCGAAUAUGCUUUCAAAGCCAUCAACCAGGGAGGACUGACCUCUGUGGCGAUCCGAGGGAAGGACUGCGCUGUGGUCGUCACCCAGAAGAAAGUCCCUGACAAGCUGCUGGACUCUGCAACAGUAACACAUGUGUUUAAAAUCACAGAGAACAUCGGCUGCGUUAUGACCGGCAUGACUGCUGACAGCAGGUCUCAGGUGCAGCGAGCACGCUAUGAAGCCGCUAACUGGAUGUACAAAUAUGGCUACGAGAUCCCCGUGGACAUGUUGUGCAAACGCAUAGCUGACAUCUCCCAGGUCUACACGCAGAACGCCGAGAUGAGGCCGCUGGGCUGCUGUAUGAUUGUGGUUGGUGUGGACGAGGAGCUGGGCCCACAGCUUUUCAAAUGUGAUCCAGCUGGCUACUACUGUGGCUUCAAGGCCACAGCAGCUGGAGUCAAACAGACCGAGGCCACCAGCUUCCUUGAGAAGAAGUUUAAGAAGAAAUUAGACUGGACUUAUGAGCAGGCAGUAGAGUUGGCUAUUUCAUGUUUGUCCACUGUCCUGUGCAUCGACUUCAAACCCUCAGAGCUGGAGGUGGGAUUUGUUUCUACACACGAACCGAAGUUUAAGAUCCUGUCGGAGUCGGAGAUCGACGCUCACCUGCUGGCUUUGUCUGAGAGAGAGUAAGACGGAGACGAAUGGUAAAAACAUCCGUCACAAAACUCAAACCAGAAGGAAGAUAAACGAGGAGCAGACCUGGUUUUUGCUCAGAGGAGAUUUCAAACAUGAAGUUCGUCGACCACUGCCCCUUCCAUGAAUCCAGGAUGAAAUCUGAACCGGACCUUUCACACUAACACGUCCCGACUGCAGCCAGACCCUGAAAAGAUGCUGGACAGAUGUUAGGUUGGAGGAAAACUCGGCAUCAGCAGUAUGCAGUAUACCUCUUAGAUUUGGACUCGGUAGUCCUCCAAGUACACCUUUACUCAGGUCGUCUUUACCUGCAGUCUGAAGUAAAUCACAUUUUUGUUCUUUAAUAUGAAAAAAAAAAAAAAAAAAAACAAGGAGCAGCUGUGGGAGUUUUCCUUCCUCUCUGUCCAAAUCUGCUCAGGUCAACAGGAAGAUGUCACUCAUUCAGUCUCUGCUCUGCUGCAGUCGUGGCGUUGUGUUUGCUGCAUCUCAAUUAAACAACGUUUUUUUAUUUACCUCUAAAGUCUCAGUGACAGUUUAAACUUACCCUAAGAUUCAGUUUGGUUUUGCCGAUGCGUUCAAAGGCCUAGCUGAGGGUUCGUCGCUGUGGCUCAUCUUCAUUUCCUCACAUUUACUAGACGAGACACGUCUUGGAGGGGCUUUACGCUCGGCCACAGCUGUUUCCCGUCUGCAACAUGGCCAUCAAACGCAGGACCAACAUGUUUGUUACUGAGGUUCCUGCUAAAGGUGGAAUUUCUCUCAGUUUGGAUUAAACGAACCUAGAACUAACA